UGGUCAGUAACGCUUCCCGUAGUUGCCGUAGUGGAAGAAUGGCCGGCUGGUUGUGGCUCCGCUGUGUUUUAGGGCCUCAUCUGCAACGAAUUCACUGUUCACCGGAACAGUCUCGACCUGACGCCAGGUUGAGUAGGAGGGGAUGGAACUACCAACCCAGGGGUCUGGAAAGACACACUGACAGCAUUCUUGGUUGGGCUUCGACACUGUGGUCCCUGUCCUACUACAGCUCUCCUCUUCUUCUCUGCUAUCUUUACAGGAAAGGCUACAUCUGCAGCAGUAAACUGGUUCCAGUGAGUCAAUAUGUGGGAACCGUGCUGGUGUGCCUUCUAGGAGUGGCCUGUCUUAGAGGGUGGGGCAGAUGGAGGAAUUCUGAGUAUCUUCAGUUCAUCUCAAUUCUUGAAGAAACUAAGAAUGAUCACAUACCAGCCAACAAGAAAAAACUGAGAUGCUACGACUUUGAUUUCUCGCAUUGGCCAUCGGAUUUCAGCUGGACAGAAGUGAACAGUCCCAAACUUUCCAAGGCUGGUGUUUCUCUGCUGAAGCCAGAACCCAGAUUAAGAGGAGCAGCGGACAGUGUCCUCCAUUCUGUGCGCACGUUGCCAUGUCACAUCAUCAGUUUUCUUAUUGCCCAUUCAUUUGGGAGGCGGAUGCUCUAUCCUGGCUCUGUGGGUUUGCUGCAAAAAGCAAUGAGACCCAUGCUGCAGCAAGGCCAGGCCAGGUUAAUAGAAGAGUUUGAAGGCCAGAGAAACAAACUGGUGGCCUGUGAUGGUAAUGAGAUUGACACGAUGUUUGUGGACCGAAGAAGGGAUGGAGGGGAGAACGGACAGACUCUGGUCAUCUGCUGUGAGGGGAAUGCAGGCUUUUACGAGGUGGGCUGCAUGAACACUCCACUGGAGGGUGGGUACUCUGUUCUGGGCUGGAACCACCCUGGCUUUGGAGGCAGCACGGGAGUUCCAUUUCCCCAGAAUGAGGCCAAUGCGAUGGACGUUGUGAUCCAGUUUGCAGUGCACAAACUGGGCUUCCAGCUCAGCGACAUUGUUGUCUACGCCUGGUCCAUAGGAGGGUUCACAGCCACUUGGGCCGUCAUGUCAUACCCCGAGAUCCAGUCAUUGGUGUUGGAUGCGUCCUUUGAUGAUCUCUUGCCUCUGGCCCUCAAGGUCAUGCCAGACAGCUGGAGACCGUUGGUGCAACAUACUGUGAGGCAAUACAUGAACCUCAACAACGCAGAGCAGCUUCUCAAAUACCAGGGACCAGUUCUUCUGAUCAGAAGAACAAGAGAUGAGAUCAUCACCACAACGGGUCCAGAGGACGUCAUGUCCAACAGAGGCAACGACCUCCUGCUCAAACUGCUACAAUUCAGGUACCCCAAAAUAAUGACAGAUGAAGGGAUUAGAGUUGUCAGACAAUGGCUGGGAGCCUCCAGUCCCUUAGAAGAAGCAUCCGUGUACAGUGGCUACGAGGUGGACGAUGACUGGUGUGUGUCUGUGCUGCAGUCCUAUCAGGCAGACAGAGAUGUUUUGUUUCCAUGGAGCGUGGGUGAAGAUAUGACUUCAGAGGGAAGGCGGCAGCUGGCUCUUUUCUUGGCACGGAAGUACAUGAGAAACUUUGAAACUACACACUGCACUCCUCUCCCCGCCAGUGAGUUCCACUCACCCUGGAGACUGUAGAGGAGGGAGAGACGGACGGAUGAGGGAAAAACGAACAGCAAAGGAUUCAGAUGGCUUGUGGUCCGAGUGUGUUUCUGGCAUGGUGUGAAUGUAACGAGAUUUUGUUUCAGACGGUUUUCCAAGACGGAUUUGUUGUCGCGUAUAGUGUUGCUGUGGUGGCAUUUGGAAAGAUCAGGGUCAUCUGUCACUCUGCCAGCCUGAAACAUGUAAAAUAUGAUAGAAAUUUUCUUUUUAAUUUUGUGUUUAGUUAUACUUUUCAGUGUUUCUCUUUAAAAAAAAAAAGGAAAGGAAAGAAUGCAUUUUAAGGAAAAUGCACCUGCCAUUACUCACUCCUUCCAUUGUUCCUUCUUUGGCUGUAUUUGUAAAGCAACCGUAAGUACAAACACGCUUUAAUUUAAUAGAUACAAAAAGAAGGUUGACAGAAUUUUAAUCUUUAAAAAUGCAGCCAAAGUACUGAAACCGUUUAGGUUCAUAUCUUUCCCGCGGGCACUGUCUUUCAGAACAAAGCUGUAUCCUAAAGCAAUGAUCUUAAAUGUUCUAUUAAGUAUGCUAAAUAAA